UAAGAGAAUUGCACUCAAGACUUCAGAGUAUAGAGGAUCGCCGGCAUACCUGAUUUAAUUUUGCUUGAAGCUUCCAUUCACAGUAUAUUCAUGUCCCUAUGUUGUGUGGCUGAAUCAAGCGGCACUUUAUGCCUUAUAGAGUAAACAGAAUGUCCAAGCAAUUUCUAAAGCUGAUUUCUCUACGACUGAUCCUCCUGGUGCUCUGCAAGUGCUAUUCCGUGGAUUCACGAUGCGCUAUCACUCCAGGGGACAGGAAUCUCACCAAACAUCCCACAGCGGUAAUUUUAGUUCUUAACUGCACAUUUAAUGGCCGUUCAGUUGAUACCGUUAGCUGGAAAAGAAACAAGCAGCCCGUUCUAAACAACACACUGGUGGAUUCAGCAAAACGCAAGAAAUGGUCUGCAGCUGUUCUUUACAGUAAUUCAACCUCUAUUCAAGACGUCGGUAAAUUUACAUGCGUAGCGAAACGUGGCCAGCAUGUCUUUUCUUGUUCCGUUCAACCAAGUAAGCCAAAACUGAGAAAGCUGUCACCUGUCAUAGAAGCUGAAGCUAAUACCACGCCUAAGCUGGUUUGUGAAGCAAGUGGGUGGCCUGUGCCAAGUUUAUCAUGGUGGAGAAAUGGUUCCAAGAUUCAUGAUGGAGAUUACCUUCACUCGUACAUGAUAAGAAAAUCAGAUAUUAACCAGUUGUGGAUGAAAAUACUAGCUAUUGAAGGAUAUCAUCAUGGUACUUAUUCCUGCCGUGCUAAUAACACAUUAGGGGCCUCUGAGGAGUACGUUAAUAUCAUGGUGAAAAGAGACGAGAUGAUAGAGAAUGAUUAUCGUGACCAGCAGGGCACUGUGACAAUCGAGGGUAGAAAUGCAACUCUGGAAUGUAUUUGCGUCAAAACAGAAUGCAAAGAGGAGACUGCCUCCACCUACUGGAAAUACAACGAUUUGAUUGUGAACGCAUCACAAAAAUUCAAAUUUUCCAAACAGGUUUUACCCAACGCCGUCAAGAUGGCGAUGACUAUACUCGAUGUUUUACGAACGGAUCAAGGAAUGUACCUUUGUGGAAUAAACACCUCCAAGGGAUUUGCAGAGAUUCCAAGACGACUACGUGUCAUCUCCAAAGUUAACGCUCCUCGCAUUUCGGCAACUUCAAAUGCUUCUGCAGCUCCAGGGUCUCCCACAUGGUUGAGAUGCAAGGCAAUCUAUCCAGUUAUCCUCACAACACCAAAAACCUUUUGGCUUUUUAACAACACCAGGCUCGCAAAAGAGUCACAGCACUACCAGUCAAAAGAAGAUGGACCAAGAAUGGGCCCAAACUCGACGACUAAGCGCUUAUCCCCGCAGCUGCAUAUCUCCAAUGUAAGCGCUCAAGAUGUCGGUUGGUAUACCUGUGGCGCGGAUUUUAAGAUUGAUGUUGUCACGGCAAAUGUCUUCUUUAGUCUCAAAGAAGAAACCCCUAGAGGUAAGGUUGUUGACAAAGGAAAUUGUUCUUUCGUUGAGAUCAAUUUUCUCCCGUCCGACAGAAUUAGACGUGAUCUAGAAACUCCAGUGAACGGACGACAGUUUAGAUACGAUGUUUUUGUGACCUUCAGCAGCCAAGAUCUGAACUGGGUCAACAAGGAACUACUGCCUCUGUUGGAAAAACACAAGCUGAUUUACUGUAUACACGACAGGGACUUUGAGAUUGGUAAGGCUGUGGUAGACAACAUGGCCGAAAGUGUUUACACAAGUCGCAAAGUUCUGGCAGUCAUGUCACACAACUACAUGUCAAGCAAGUUCUGCCGAGGGGAACUGGAGAUGGCUUUGUACCGGAGCACGGAGAUGGGGGACUCCUCUGUGAUCGUGAUGCGUAUCGAUGGAGUGGACCGGAGCAAGCUGCCUAAGGCCCUACGCAACAGGACCUUUCUGGACCAUUAUGACAUCACGGAGCGCAAAACGUGGGAAGAAAGGUUGAUCAAACAUCUCAAGCCGCCACAGAUUGACAAGAGCGCGGAGAAAAAGAGCAUGGAAAAGUGUUAUACAUUGUUAAAUGACACUGAAGUAUGAGCAAAGACGUGGCUGUUAGUAAUAUAUCAAAAACGAAAGACCGUGUUUGACCACAUUUCCAAACACUGAGAAGAGAGUUGAAAAAACGACGCGUAAAGGAGUAUUUUGAACAAACUUUGAGGAGUUUGGAAAUGUGGUCAAACACAGUUUUGAGGGUUGGAUAUAUCUUCUCAAUCGAAACUAAAACUAAGGAGAAAUAGAGAAUUAAAAUCGUAAGAUUAUAUUCUUAUUAAAAUUAGAUUUUCAAACACCGCUACGGUCAUGACAGUUUCUUUGUUAAUUGAAACUUGAUGAAUUAUUAGUAAGUUUGAGAAGACCUGUAAAAUUGGUCACUUAAGGCUGUAAUAGUUUGACGACAUUUUUGCAAAGAUUUUGAUAAUGUAAUCUAAGAGAAUAGAAUUAAACUGUUCGUCAUUCGUUAUAUUACAACAUAUUGCGAAACGAAUUGCAAGAUAGAAUUUACCCAAGACCAAUAGUGUCCUUUGUACCGAGGUUUUCAGAAAUGAAAAAAGGAAAAAUACCUGCAAGUUUUUCUCUUUAUUUCAACAAGAUAUAUUGAGAAAUGGCAUCGACUCUUUCACUGGCUUUAAAGCCGAAUUAUUCAUAUUGUUUCUAUCUAGAUAGAAGACAAAGUGUUUUUCCAUGCCAUGUUAAACCAUUGAAAUAAUUAAGUAGUACUGUAUGAGUUCGCUGAUCACGCUUUUAUAAUAUUAUUUGGUUGUACCACGUGACUGCCAAUAAAGGCGCUACUGUUAAUGUAA